UUCAUGGAAAUGUAAGGAUCAAUUUCAUAGCUUCGUUCUUGAAUAUACCAUUUCAAUUCUAUUUCGCGAUUCGUACUUCUCGAUAUCUAAAUCAUCCUCUCUCAAAAUAACACACCUCCUUUCAUCCUUCUCCUCACGGAAAUGGCCCUCGUCGAUACCCCAACAGUGCAUACGCACGCCCUCGCCGCCCUCGAAGCUUCUGACCUCCUACUCGCCACCGCCCCCUCCCUCGUCCUCGACGCCGUCUACACCAUCGACCAAGUAACGCCCGAAUGGCUGACCACCGUGCUCGGCUCCCAAGUCCCCAACUCCAAAGUCCUGACCGCCAACAACACCGGCGGCCACGAGGGCAUGACCUCGCGGCACAAAUGGACGCUCGAAUGGAACGGCGCCGGCAAAGCCGCCAACCUCCCCACCAAGAUCUUCUUCAAAGCCACGCCCGAGAACGCGCAUCUCCGCGAGAUGCUGAGUCUACUGCACAUGGCGGAGCUCGAAGCGCACGUGUACAACGAGCUCUCGGUGGAACUAGAGCCCCACGGCCUCAUCCCGAAGUGCUACUACGCGAAAGCGUACCCGGGCGGCCGCUUCAUCAUCAUCCUCGAAGACCUCGAGGCCCGCAACGUCAAGGUCCACUGGAUGGGCGACACCAUCACGCCCGCGUACGCGCGCGCCGUCGCGAUCGCGCAAGCCCGCAUCCACGCCACGUACUGGAACUCGCCCCGCUUCGACGCCGACAUGGUGUGGGUGCGGCCGCGCUGCCGCCGCUUCGGCGAGCUGUGGCUGCGCAAAUUCUUCACGAAUAACCGGCGCAUGUUCCUCGAGAGCGAGCUAGGGAAGGACUUGCCCGAGUACGUCAAGGAGCUGAUUAGGAUGUGGGACCGCGACUGCGUGUCCGUGUACGAGUACUGGGACCGCAAACCGCCCACCAUCAUUCACGGGGACUCACAUUUGGGGAAUGUGCUGGAGUACCCGGACGGCAGCGCGGGGUACUACGAUUGGCAGUGCUUGUUCCGCGGGUACGGGUACCGUGAUUUAAGUUAUUUCUUGAUGAGUAGUCUGGAUAUUGAGGCGUGUGAGGGGCAUGAGCGGGAGUUGUUUGAUGUGUAUACCGAUACGCUGGAGGCGAAUGGGGUGACAGUAGAUAGGGAGGAGGCAUGGUUGGAUUAUUGUUUACUCGCGCUGGAGCGGUUUGACUCGGCGAUGACGUCGUCGACGAAUGGGGGCUAUGGGCAUGCGAGGAGUGCGUUUGAGAGGCAGGUGAAGACAAUAAGUCAUCUGGCGGUGAAGCAUGAUGUUAAGGGGCUAUUGGAGAGGGUUGUGAAGACGGGGAAGAUUACGCCAGGGUAGUCGCGAGUGUAGAUUGAAAUCCAUGAAAGUUGUCGACAACCGAGUACACGGAAUAGCUUCUCCACUACCUCUUCUGGUUAAGUUUCGUGUUUGACUGGAGGCUACUAUUUGGAUGGAUGCCAAUUGGUAUAGAUUUCGACGUAGAAAUCAGACCGUAGACAAAACGGCAGUGAAGAUACUCAGGAAUCAGGACUCUUGUAAAAAGUUAACUUCACAGCUCGAAAAUCGGCCCUGAUGCUCAAGCUGUUUGCUCUCCUUAAAGCCCUUCUCGAGUUGCUUCAACAAAAGCUCCUUUUCAGUCUACGUUGUGAUCACUCCGAGAACUAAUCAACU